AUGGUGCAGAAACACCUAUGUGCUCAGCGGUCUUGGCCUAGUUUGAAAUGGCGCUUGCCCAAGAUUCUGUAUCUGAUCAAUCGCUAUAUCGUGCCACCCAUGCUCAUAUUCGACGCGAUCGUACCCGCAAUUUACAAUCUGCCGGAGUCAAUGUUGGUCGUCUUAGUUUUAACCGAUCUCAUAGCGGCUGAUGAUCAGCCCAGGUGCGACUUCAUCGCAAAGUGGACGCCGUGGCCGACGAUCAUCUCGCUUACGACGUCUGAGAUGAUCCUGAUGCUGCGUGUGUUUGCUCCGGUGAUCGAAAGGCCUGCCUUUCUUCGGAUCGGUCCACCUCUAUCUUCUCACUGGAUAUUUAGGGUGUUCGAUACUUUCUCUGGGGCCUUUUCUUUUGUGAGCGAACUCGCUGGUUGGAUUGCGCUAAGCAGCAUUGUGACGAAACAUACGGUUGGCGCUCCCGGUGGCCUUUUGUUCCCGGGGUGUUUGUUCUCCGCGCCCACUUACUUCUACACUGCAUGGAUCCCACCCGUCAUCUUUGAAAGUAUUCUGAUCAUUGUGACGGGAUAUUAUGCGAGUGCCUAUCAUUGGACCAAGAAAGGAUCUUUCCAAACUAUCCAGAUCCUCGCUCGCGAUUCUAUUCUCUACUUUCUGAUAAUCUUCUUUCUUCUUAGUAACCUACUAAUCGCGAGGUUUGGCCGAGACUUUCUUGGCUCGCUUUUCAUUGCACCCUCGAGCGUGAUUGCAUGUCUCGGCGCAUCGCGGCUAAUGAUCAACUUGGGCAGCAUUGCAGCCAGUGACACAGGGCCAACCACUGAGGACUUCGUGAUGGGUCUGAGCACAGGAACCGCGAGCCACGAUAUUACAUUCCAGACAAGGUCAAGAGCCAGUUGACACACUCCCCGUGUUGCCUCGUGCGAAACAAUUCGGGAGCUCAUAGUUGAAUGUGCCGCAUCCAGAUAUAUAAAUUUUGUUGGAAAUCUGCACUGUAUACGCUCCGAUACUAUGAAAUUCUACCACUGGUGCACUACAAGAGGUCGAGGUCAAACAAAUUGAUCUCUCCGAAACAACUAGAACUCGAAUUACGUUUAGGUCAGUUGAUCAUCCCCGGCCGUCCUCUGGAUUUUCGAUCUCCGCUCUGCAUUGUUCGGUGCGCGAGCCUAGCAAUAGGCCAAAGCGCAGAAUUGUGAAUUGUGAUGUGGCUUGAUCAGCCACGAGGCGCAAAAAGCCAUGCUUACGCAUAGAACCAUCUUCCACAAAGAUUCUCAGCGAUAAAACGUGUUGCGCAUUGUCCUCUCGCUCCAUCGAUCGUCUCAAACAGCUCCUUGCCUCAAGACUAUUCCACCCCCGCCCCCAC